UACGCUCACCCCUCCGAAGGUUGUGUUUGCGAGCUGCGGCCAGUAUGUCGGGGAGAGGAAAGGGCGGUAAGGGCCUGGGCAAAGGCGGUGCCAAGCGCCACCGCAAGGUAUUGAGGGACAAUAUCCAAGGUAUUACCAAGCCGGCGAUUCGGCGCCUUGCCCGGCGUGGAGGCGUCAAGCGGAUCUCCGGCCUCAUCUACGAGGAGACUCGGGGCGUGCUGAAGGUGUUCCUGGAGAACGUCAUCCGGGACGCAGUCACCUAUACCGAGCACGCCAAGCGCAAGACGGUCACUGCCAUGGACGUGGUGUAUGCCCUCAAGCGACAGGGGCGCACCCUGUACGGCUUUGGGGGCUAAGCGGCCUGAACUUCAGCUCUGCGUGGAUCCAUGCCAACGGCCCUUUUUAGGGCCAA